AUGCAAGACAAUCUAUUUUGGGGGGUACUCGCCACAAGCGUCUGCCUUCUUGUUGUGGAGCAUGUGGAACGUUUGGCGGAUUAUCAUCGACGUCAGCUCAGAUAUUGCACGCGACCAUUGUAUUCUUUUUGGAACCUUUGUCUUGUUAGUCUCGUUGUUACCAUUGCUGUCAAGCAAAAGCACUCGCCGGCAUGGUUGAUCGGGUCCUACGAGGCAGUUUGGUUCCAGGCAGUUAGUCUACAGUUUUACCAGCUCCACAUCACUACUUAUCUUACUUACCGGUACUGGGAUAUUCUGUUACCUUUUUUUCUUUCUGUCCGGGUCAUUGGUGGAGUGACCAGUAUAGUGGAUGCAACAUCACAUCCAAUUCCGGCAUCAGUUCAGAAGACGUUCUUGGGUUUGGGGGGAUGUGGAACUCAAGUGGUAUUCGGACAGCAUUUUCUUCGGGCACUUGGGUCGAAUCGCCAGAGAUGGGGGGCAAGAACACUGUUUAAUGCCCUCAAGAAGCAACUCCACAUACCGCCGUUGCUUUUCUUGGGUUUGGCACUCGUCGCACUUGUCGCACUAAUUGCGGUCAUCGUCGUCGCCGCCAGAUCCCUGGGUAUAGAUUUUUAUUUCUGUGCGAUUAACUCAGCAGCGUUCGUUUGGUGUGUAGCUACCGUCUGUCAACGAUGGAUGCCACCUCGCAGGCGUCCACUGCUAUCCGAUCUGACAUCGCUCAGUGCGGCACCUGAAUACAUAUGCUCUUCCCCUCCAGCAUCUUCGAUUCUUUUCAAGAAGAGUCUGGUAAUGGCAGAAAACCGUCAACAGAACGCUACCGAUGCUGGUCUAUGCUUGCGGCCCUCGAUAUCUACUAGUCUGCCAGACGAGGUCGAGGUCUGGCGGAUCCUUCGCAUUGGGAAAAUGAAAGUUGGCGUGAAAGCUUGGGUUGUGGUUGAGUCGAGGUCUCCGCGAGUGCUUCAGCUGGUUGUAGUCGAUUGGCAGGAGCUACAAAACCGCGCCGAAGUGGAGAAGCUCGUAGAUGAGGAUGUCUACCGCCUUGCUGGUCAGCUGUCCCGCGUCAACGGCGCCUCGGGGCAUAUGAUUUAUGUUCAAGAACAUAGUGACACACCGCUCGGCAGUGAGGCUUGGAUGGUCUUGUGGGAUGGAGGGCAGGUACCAUGCCCCAUGCGGCCGCCUCCGGUCUACGAUGGAAGGCGGUAUCCACUAUCGUAUACGGCCUGAUCGUUCUUUCCGCGACUCAGCAUAUGGGCCUCAUUCGGUGUUCACCAUGCCGACGUUCACUUCGAC